AUGGAGAUGCAUACCGCCGAAAUUCGCCGCAUAAACGCGGUAGCGUCGGAACCCACCACCAAUAUCUACGUUAGUUGCGGCGACCAGGCAGCUAUCCACACUUUCCGCGACCUCAUGGCAGCUGAUAACUACACUAAGGGUGUGAUCGAGUGCAACGUGCUUGUGCGCGGCCGGUACUUCCAGGGGAAUCUCAUCUCCACCAUAUCAUCGCUGGUAGUGUAUACGCGGACUAUGCACCAAUCGGAUCUCUUCAAGACGUACAUCUAUAAGGAUACUCAAACCUGGGUCUUGGAUCGGAUCUACGUCGAGCCCCCUGAUUAUAGAGGGGGAUGA